AUCACCUGGUGAGGGAUAGUGUUAACCAGUGACCUGUCAUCACCUGGUGAGGGAUAGUGUUAACCUGUGACCUGUCAUCACCUGGUGAGGGAUAGUGUUAACCUGUGACUUGUCAUCACCUGGUGAGGGAUAGUGUUAACCUGUGACCUGUCAUCACCUGGUGGAAGAAUAGUGAGAAGUGUGCAUCAUCAGGGAGCAGGUGGCCACACCCAGGGGCCCACAGGUGCAAGACUUGUUAUAACGUUGUGGCUGUGGCUGCUGUGAAGGUAAAGUGAUUACUUCGGUGUCUCAUCCGUCUACCAGAAUAAUAAGGGGCAGAUAUCGCCUAGAACACACACACAUGCUGAAGAAACUGUGAGUCCUCCGCCGGGUGAUGGUUUCCCUACUUAGGCCUCCGUUCCUGUAAGGAGGACUAAGAAAGCGGCAGUGUAGGGCACCGUUGUGGUUUAAGCUAUGUCGAAAGACACACUGGAUCUCCUCCUUACCACCAGGAAGUUGACACUAAUCCAGUAAGGCAUUCAGAGCAAAGGGAGAGCCAUUCACACCAUACAACCCAACGCCGGCUACAUCUACCUACCAGGUCCCCGCCCCUUCCCUUCCAGCUCAACACGAUCUUAGGCUACUUAGUUUAGCCGAGCGAGCAAACCUUCAUUAUCCUCCCGGUAACACACCACCACUAACUGUUACGUCCCUCCUUAAAUACAUACUAGUGGCUCUUAGAAAACAACGUGUGGUAGUUUUGACCGAUAACACUGAUAAAGCUGUAUGUCAAGUGUUGUGAAUUGAUCUUUGAGUUGGUCUACUGUGCAGGUGAAUUAACACAUCAGUAAGUCUGGUAAAACUUUGUUGAACUAUGAGAAAAAUCUGGAAAAUGUUGUACGGUACCGAUGUGCGACAGAAGUAAACGACAACAAGAAAAGGCAAGUGUGACAUAGGCUUUUACACCAAUAAGUACAAAUAAUAUAUCAUAUCGAAUAAAAGGUGAUACAUAACUCAAGUGCAAUAAAACAGUGUUAACAAUUUUACUGAAUAAAUUACGUCGAAGAACACAAUUAGUGUACAGCUAUCCACUGAGGUGUGUAGAUUAUAGUGUGGAGGUGAAGCAGUGCAUCCUCCCCCACACCAGUCCGCCGCCACCAUCGUCUGCCAACAUUAACCAUGGGUUUCUGCGCCUCACACACACUCUUCACCAUGAUCAUCUUCCUCAUGGUGUCUCUCCAUAAGGAGACGCAGGUUGAGGGUGUGAGCGCAGGACGGUUCUGGUACUCGUCAGCGCGAGGGUGGGGCCACAAGGAGCUAUCGGAACCAGUCUGGGGACACCCGCCCAGGAUUCAGAAAAACCGCCGGAUACCCGACAUCAAGGAAGGCCACAUGCACAGGCUCGACCACGGGGCGGCGCGGGUGGUGCAGUCAUCGCAUUACGAGCUGGAGUACGUUCUUGGCCGCAAGAUCAUCUUCAUCUGCACGGCGCGCGGCAACCCUCGACCCCGCAUCACCUGGUACAAGGACGGCGUGGAGCUAUACGCCCACAACUACUUCCAGGUGCACGAGUGGGAGAUCGGCCUCCACAAGCUGAAGAGCAAGAUGGAGAUCGACCCUGCUACCCUCAUGGACGUGGGCUACUACGAGUGUCAGGCUAACAACAAACACGCUGUCGACCACCGUGGCUUCCGCACCCAGUACACCGCCGGCCUCUAGUGUCCAACACCCAAUACACCGCCGGUUUCCAACACCCAAUACACCGCCGGCCUCCAACACCCAGUACACCGCCGGCCUCCAACACCCAGUACACCGCCAGCCUCCAACACCCAGUACACCGCCGGCCUCCAACACCCACGUACACCGCCAGCCUCCAACACCCAGUACACCGCCGGCCUCCAACACCCAGUACACCGCCGGCCUCCAACACCCAGUACACCGCCGGCCUCCAACACCCAGUACACCCCACCUGUACAACACCCUGAUCUGUACAUCGCUAGCAUAAAAAUGUUAGUCCUUUAUACACCUUAUACUGUAACAGUGUUAUCAGAACAUUCCUAGUGAAGUAUCCCACGGCCUGUACUGACGUGUGUAGCACUGGCCAAUAGUGACUUUACAAAAGUGUGCAUCGCACAAAUUUGGCGAUAAUUACUGUAUUGUAGAUAGUACCUGGUGUGUGGCGAGGGGUGUUUAUAGUGUAGACGGGACAGCAACACACCCUGCACCGCAACCUCUCUUCUCUCUAUCUCUUGGACCACUCCUCAUCUGUUAAAUCUGACCUCUGACCUUUGCACUCUAGGUGAUGGGAGCGUUACACAAUUAUUAUCGUGGUGAUAUCUCCAGGUGAAACACCCAGGGGCAGUGUGGGAGGGAGGUGGUGCAGGGGCGGUGGCCAACCCUCACUACCCUUUGACGAUUGAUCACUAUUGACGCCACAUGACUCCCCUCCCCCUCGGCGGCGCUCGGCUCCACCACCUGUCAUUUUACUCACGCCUCAAAAUCUUUCCCCAAACUCAUACAACAUAAAGUUUUGAGCAGGGCGCCGAGACACAAGUCCCGGUGAUGGUGGGAGCCACACCACACUCAACCUUCCAUCACAAAGACAAAAGAUCGAUAUCCCCUUGGCCCGGUGCUCAUCAAAGCUCCAGCAUCCAGGAAUCACACCAUGAAAGGAAUUUCGUUUCAAUUAAGCGCUCGGAAAGGGAAGUGUGCGAGUCUUAAUACACGAAUGGAUGUAAGUUUAAUGAAAAAUCUCUUCCAUGGGCAGUGAGACUCACACUUGGUGACUGGGAAAUAUCUUAACAUUUCCCUAACUUCGGCGUUCAAAAAAAAUAAACAGUGGUAGGAGAUGGUGCUGCGCGUGGUGGCUAUCCUUGGGCAACAACGCACCUUAACAAUAGUCUUGGUGUUGACAGACGCUUCACUCCCGUGCUCCAGGUUCACCGUGGCGACCAAAUAUAUUCUGAGGUUUAUAAUUGCAUGGGCAGUAGCCAGGCUGAUUACCUGCUGUCCUAAUACAUAGUCCACACGUGUUUUAUUCUUUUAAGUAACGUAAGUUAAAACUAUAUUUUAUAUGACGUUUGAAGAAAAAAUAUUAAGGGUAACUCGACCGACCUUAGGUAUAAAAACUUCGACUUUAA